UAGUCAACAACUUGUGUGAGGAGUAGUUGGAACAACUGGAGCCGCAGAGUUGUCGCUGUCAAACAGCAGUGUCCGAAGACGGAGCCGGUCUGGGCAGCCUUAUCUUUAUUUUCAGAACUUUCGUCAACGGAUCCAGCACUUGGAGUCACUUUUGUUGCGAAGUACGCGCAGAAGCGGGACGGUUGCAUGGCUAGCGCGCUAGCUGGCUAACCUAAGUCGUGAGCUAGCUAGCGUUAGCCAGGUUAGCUAACUAGGUUAGCUGGGUUAGCUAACCUGUACUUCCACAGUCAGUCAGACAGUCGGACAACUGAGAGGAAAAUGGAGCUGGAUGACGGAGUUCUUUAUCAGGAGGAGGCAGGUUCAUCCGCGAUGAUGUCCGAGCGGGUGUCCGGCUUGGCCAGCUCCGUCUACCGAGAGUUCGAGCGGAUGAUCGGGACGUACGACGAGGACGUGGUUAAAGAGCUCAUGCCCCUCGUCGUCGCCGUUCUGGAGAACCUGGACUCGGUGCUCGCGCAGAACCAGGAGCACGAGGUGGAGCUCGAGCUGCUGAAGGAGGACAACGAGCAGCUGCUCACUCAGUACGAACGGGAGAAGGCGCUGAGGAAAGGCGCUGAGGAGAGAUAUAUGGAGUACGAAGACUCGCAGGAGCAGGAAAGGAAGGAUUUGCAGAACAAGGUGGUGCUGCUGGAGGCCCAGACCAGACAGCUGGAGCUCAAGACCAAGAACUACGCAGACCAGAUUGGAAGAUUAGAGGAGCGAGAGGCAGAACUGAAGAAAGAGUACAAUGCUCUUCAUCAAAGACACACAGAGAUGAUCCAUAGUUACAUGGAGCACUUGGAGCGUACCAAAAUGCAGCAUCUGGUGGGGGGAGAAGCCCCAGACGCAGGAACUUUAGGCAGACACAAGAAAGAGCGGCCCGUGUCUUUGGGGAUCUUCCAGCUGCCAGGCGGUGAUGUGAUGGCCCCGGAUCUGCAGAGGGAGCAGACAGAGAUCCCAGGGACGGACACGUGGAGGUACAACGACCUGAGCCACCCGUGCUCCAACACCAGCCUCAAGCUGGACACACAUGCGUCCUUCAGGAGAGGGGAGGGUAAGGGUGCACAGGAGAGUGUGGAUUGCCCCAGGACUGAUGUCAGUAAGGAUGAACUCUCAGAUGCUAACCGGGGAGGCACCAAGUCAUCUGCUUCCACGUCCGCGUCGACCUUAGAUGUUGCUAUGGCAUUAGUAGACACGCCCCGUCCUGAGGAGGUAGAGGGUCUGCACAGGAACCUGAAUUCCAGCAACAGGAAGCCAGACACCAGUAAGAACGUUAGAGUACAGGACUCUGUCUCAACAGAAGCACAAAUGAAAGACGUGCCUGAGAGGUCAGAAGUGCAGGCGAUUAUUGAGUCAACCCCUGAACUUGACAUGGAUCUGAGUGGCUGCAAAGGCUUCAGCACUCCCACCAAGGGCACGGAGAACAUGGCUUUUGACCGCAACACAGAUUCCCUGUUUGAGGAGCUUUCCUCAGCAGGUACCGACCUCAUAGGAGACAUGGAUGAGGGGGCAGACCUCCUGGGUAUGGGCCGUGAAGUAGAACACCUCAUCCAGGAGAAUGCCCAGCUACUUGAGACAAAGAAUGCUCUUAACGUGGUGAAGAAUGACCUCAUUGGCCGUGUGGAUGAGCUAACGUGUGAGAAGGAGGUUCUCCAAGGCGAGAUGGCGGUCCUCCUGCAGGCCAGAGAUAAACUGGAGGAGAGGAACAGGGAGCUGGAGGAGGAGCUCAAGAGGGUCCGGGCUGAGCUAGAAGCGGCCAAACAGAAAACAAAGGAGGACGAUGAUAGUGACGUUCCCACGGCCCAGCGUAAGCGGUUCACGCGGGUGGAGAUGGCCCGGGUCCUGAUGGAGAGGAACCAGUACAAGGAGAGACUGAUGGAGUUGCAGGAGGCCGUGAGGUGGACUGAGAUGAUCCGAGCUUCCAGGGAGAACCCAGCACUAACAGAGAAGAAAAAGUCCAGUAUCUGGCAGUUGAUCUUCAGCAAGCUCUUCAGCUCAUCAUCUACCGGCACUGCCAAAAAGCCAGAGGCUCCCGUCAACGUCAAGUACAAUGCUCCCACCUCGCAUAUCGUGCCCUCUGUCAAGAAGAGGAGCAGCACACUUGCCCAGCUGCCCAGUGACAAGUCCAAGGCUUUCGACUUCCUCAACGAGGAGCCGGAGGUGGAGAACAUCGUGUCCCGGAGGGAACAGAAGAGGGCCCAGUACAGGCAGGUGAAGGCUCAUGUCCAGAAGGAGGAUAGCAGGGUGCAGGCGUACGGCUGGAGUCUGCCCCAGAAAAACAAGAUUUCCAAUGGUGGGCAAACAGAGGGUAAGAUGAAGAAUUUACCAGUGCCUGUUUACCUCAGACCUUUAAAUGAGAAGGACGCUUCCAUGAAGCUGUGGUGUGCUGCGGGGGUGAAUCUGUCAGGAGGGAAGACUCGUGACGGAGGCUCCAUUGUGGGAGCCAGUGUGUUCUACAGAGACAUGUCCGAAGUAGAGAGUAGUGGAUUCAGCCCCCGAAAGGCCAGAGGCUCCCAGAGCAGCCUGGACAGGCUGGAGCAGGAACUCAAGGAGCAGGAGAAGGAGCUGAGGCAGCAGGACGAGCUCUCCAGCCUGGUGUGGAUCUGCACCAGCACCCACGCCACCUCCAAGGUCAUAGUGAUUGACGCCAACCAGCCCAGUAACAUCCUGGAGAACUUCUAUGUCUGCAACUCCCACGUGCUCUGCAUUGCUAGCGUGCCAGGUGCCCGGGAGACAGACUACCCAGCGGGUGAAGAGGUGCACGCAGGUAGUGAGGCCACCGGGGCUGAGGAGCAGGCGCCGGUGAGCGCAGCGUUGGGUAGCAGCCUCGGAGGCUCCGAGGGCAUCCUGGACGGCAUCACUGUAGUAGGCUGCUGUGCGGAGGGAGCGGUCGCCAUCCCUCAGACCGCAGAGGGGAUGCCAACCGAAGACUCUGGGUCGGGUGGCGUGCUGGGGCAGCAACAGCAGGCAGGCAUGGCUGCAGCUGAGGAGGCGCUGGAGGCCACGGAGAGCAGCAGCACCACACCCGCAGAGGAAGGUCAGGCUGGGGUCUACACAGAGCACGUGUUUACUGACCCUCUAGGGGUCCAGAACACGGGAGACGCAACGUCCACUUUUUCACAGAGGGAAUGUGAUCUGGUGAAGGAUGGCGUGAGCUCAGUACCUGAAGAGCAGGACCUGAUGAGGGAGGAGGCCAGCAAAAUGAACAGUGUCCUCCCCACCAUGUGGCUCGGGGCCCAGAAUGGCUGUGUGUACGUCCACUCCUCUGUUGCACAGUGGAGGAAGUGCCUUCACUCAUUAAAGCUGAAGGACUCCAUUUUGGGUAUUGUGCAUGUGAAGGGCAGAGUUUUAGUGGCUUUGGCCGAUGGUACUCUGGCAAUCUUCCACAGAGGAGUAGACGGUCAGUGGGACCUGACCAACUACCACCUGUUGGAUUUGGGCCGGCCACACCACUCCAUCCGCUGCAUGACAGUUGUGCAUGAUAAAGUGUGGUGCGGCUACAGGAAUAAAAUCUACGUCAUCCAGCCCAGAGCCAUGAAAAUAGAGAAGUCCUUUGACGCCCACCCCCGUAAGGAGAGCCAAGUGCGGCAACUGGCAUGGGAUGGCGAUGGCAUCUGGGUGUCCAUCCGGCUGGACUCCACGCUGCGACUGUUCCACGCCCACACCUACCAGCACUUGCAGGACGUGGACAUAGAGCCCUACGUCAGCAAGAUGCUGGGCACCGGUAAGCUGGGCUUCUCCUUUGUGAGGAUCACAGCGCUGAUGGUCUCGUGUAACCGCCUGUGGGUCGGCACGGGCAACGGCGUCAUCAUCUCCAUACCCCUGACAGAACGUAAGAAAGUCACCCAGGGAACGACAAACCGACCAGGCAGUAUAAUUCGUAUCUAUGGCGAUGAGAACAGUGACAAAGUGACGGCAGGCACGUUUGUGCCUUUCUGCUCCAUGGCCCAUGCCCAGCUCUGUUUCCAUGGCCACCGGGAUGCCGUCAAGUUCUUCACUGCUGUUCCAGGCCAAGUCAUCCCGUCUGCAGGCUCCGGAGGCAGCGAGGCAGGCAGUGACAAGCCGGCCACCGAUGCCAGCGCGCCGGAGUUUUCCAAGUCAGUCCUGGUCAUGAGUGGCGGAGAGGGCUACAUUGACUUUAGAAUGGGCGACGAGGGCGGGGAGAGCGCGGACCUGGACGAGCACACCCUGAAGCUGCAGCCGCUCCUGGCCAAAGCCGAGCGCAGCCACCUCAUAGUGUGGCAGGUCCUGGUCCACGAAGGCUGAGCCUCCGCUGCUCCCCUGCGCCAGGUGGGAAGGAGCUGGGCCGAAGGAGGGGGCCCUCGUCUGCUGGCUUUUGUUGAGUUCAUCUUUCUUAAUCGGUAUUGCUCUCGUUUUUGUCAAAGUCACUGUUGUCGCGUCGGGCUGUGAGGCAUUUACAUUCUGUGAAAGUCUUCGCACAUUCACUUCUGUGGCAAUACGAGUCUCGGUCCUGUUGCGACCUGGAUCCUGCAAGUACUGUUUCAUGGAUAAUCCAUCCAUUAAAAACAGGUCUGCAAUUUCAGCAGCAAUACGAAUGAGUCGACGGCGAUGAAUCUGGACAAUCCAGUUGAGGACUUCUUUCUUUUUUUAGUGGAAGUCAGUUUUGUUUUUCAAUGAUGGCAUGUGUGUUUCACAGUAUAGCACUGUAUGUCCGAGUCAGGUCAGGUGUGGCUGAUCACAGCUCACCAGCGAAACAUUUCCGGUUGAAAUACUGCAUC